GAGGUAUCUUGCAAUUAGUUAACAUCGUAUCUUGGUAUGUUGCAGUUAAUUAACAACAUCAUAUUGAAAGUGUGAGAUAUAAAAAGAAUUAUAAUGGAGUUCAAAGAGGUACAACCAGAAGAGAUCAUCCAACAUGAACAUCCACUCAUUCUUGAAGAUUUGCAAUUAAUGUUUCAAAACUAUCUAGAAGAUGAUGACGAUAUUGAUGACCAAGAUUUGAUCAACAUGCAAAAGUUUGAGUGCAAAUGUGACGUUUGUGGAUAUCGAAUCGAUUGGUACCAUCGAUAUUACUACAAGUGUAGCCAAUCAUCAUCAUGUUCCUACUCGCUCCACAAAUCCUGCCGAGAAUUGUCCACAACCCUUCGAUUUCCAGCACACCCUAUCCAUACUCUUCGCCUUAAAAAAAGUUCAAAUUCUUGGAGUUGUCAUAGUUGUCUUACAAAACAUGUAGAUGGUAUCUGUUAUCAUUGUUCUACAUGUGAUUAUGAAAUCGAUCUACGUUGUGCAACAUUUGCGAAGCAAACUAUGAUUCAUCAUCCUGGCCACUCACACCCACUGACCUCUAUUACCCUUGACCCCAGUUUGAGCAAGUGUUAUGCUUGUGGUAAAGAACAUAAAGGGGUCUUUUAUCAUUGUAACACUUGUUUUUACUUCUCAAUCCACGUUGAUUGUGUUGCCCUUCCAUUCAAGUUAAGUUCAAAGCAUCAUGUUCACAAGCUCACUCUUUCAUAUUCUUUCACAGUUAUACCAUAUCAUAGCAAGUGUAGGAUUUGUGUAACGAGCAUUAGUGAAAGAGAUUGGCUAUACAAAUGUGGUAAGUGUCGCUACUACGUCCACCUAGAUUGCGCGCUAUCGAGGGGAGAGCCCUUCAUGUCCAUCUUCUCACAUGGAACAGGCAAAUCUGAUACAAGUUCUAAAGCUGCUGAUUAUCCUAACCUUCUUCACUACCCACUCCCUGAUGAAUCAUACAACAUCAUACCACACCACCUUCGUAGUGGGGAUUAUCGACACUUUGACCAAAUUAAAUCUGAUAACAUGCAUCCCAGUCAUGAUCACCCAUUACUCCUUAUCAAUGCGCCCGAUACUCUUCACGACCCAAUGAGGAGGAUUAAGUUACUAUGUGACGGAUGUGUGAGACCGAUCACAACAACGCCGUUUUAUGGGUGCAAUCAAGGAUGCAACUUUUCUCUCCACGAGUGGUGCACCAGACUACCAAGUGAGCUAGAAAACCAUCCUGGCCAUACGCUUGCACUCUUUAAUUCUCCAAGUGAGUUGGCUUAUACAGGGUUUAGCUGCAGUAUUUGUGGUUUACUUUGCAAUGGAUUUGGAUACUUUUGUUCCAGACCGCGUUGCAACUAUCGAGUUGAUGUGCAUUGUGGAUUUAUACCUGAAAGAAUUAUGCAUGAAGCGCAUCCGAAUCACUUACUUUCAAGAGUAAAAGCAUCAUCAAUCCAAUCCACAAGCAGUACACUGGCAUGUCAUGCUUGUGGUAUUACCAUCAAUGGAGGUGAGUUUUGUUUUAGAUGCGGUUUUUGUGAUUUCUACCUGGAUAACAGGUGCGCUUUGCAUUUGCCGAAGACAAUUAAGAACAGGUAUGACAAGCACCCCCUAAAGCUAAGUUACUCCCCAAUUGAGAACCACAAGAGUGAAUACUUUUGUGAAGUUUGUGAGGAGGAGCUUAUUCCUGAAAUCUGGUUCUAUCACUGUCAAGAGUGUAGCCAGUCAAUACACUCAGCUUGUGCUCCGUUAAUACUCCAGUCCGAACAAGGUUUUAAUGAUUCUCGCAAUGACCGGACAGGUGUUUAUAAAUUUAUGAAUAUGAAGUUUGGGCAUUUAGUUACCUUUUCCCGCAGUCACCCGCAUCCUAUGUUAUUAGUUCUGGGGACUAAAAGUGAUAUUCGUCCAUGCUACUUUUGUAGACGUGAACUGUAAUCCUUAUUAAUCUUCAAGUGCUCUAUAUGUAAACUUGUUUUUCACGUCAGUUGUGGCCCGAAAAACCCGCAUGGACGGUUCUUAACUAUUUUUGAAAGAUUGUUUAUUGACUUUUCUAGAAUCGGCAUAAAACUUAAAGAAAAACUCGAACAUCAUGAAACUGCAGCUGUAACUUUCUAUCCAACUGAAGUUAUGAGACCCGUCACAGGGCACUGGAAAACUGCCGAUGAACAGCCGUAAUAUAUCACUAGCCAUUUACCCGCGCGAUGCAGCGGGAGUGGCGAUUUACAAUAGGAUACUCGUUUACCGUUAGUUUAUCAGUCGUCUCGUGAUAUAUUGUAUAGUACUUAAGUUAACUUUCUUAUUCUUGAUAUGUUGGCACUCGUUUUUCUUACAAGGCGGAAACGAAGAUUUAUAACGCAGUACUCAUUUUGUUUAAGUGUCACUGUAU